AGCACUGCUAAAGGAAGAAAGAAAAUACAAAAUAUACAUCACAAAAAGCAAAAUUUUUCCUCCGGUUUUCUAUAUUUUUGCAUGGAUAUUACUCCUUGGAAAAUCAAAAUACGUACUACAAUAUUGGAUUUUAUACUUGACUUUUCUAUGAGAGAGGUUUUGUUUGGAGCCACCAUGUUUUUGUGAUGAAGACAACAUUUUUAUAAUUGUUAAAAAAGCAAAAAAAUAAGAAUCUACGGAGUUCUUCAUUGGACGACAACAGCAACUGGGAGGUGACAAAAGCACCAAUACCAAACAACUACAACAGAUUCAUCCAUCCAUUCAUCAAAAAGAAAAUAUAUUUGCUACUUUCAUAAUUUAUCAUAGUUCUGGACUAUCAUGUAUCAUCUGUUGAUGGUGUUAUUCAGUGUAACUUUAGAUGCACUCAGUGUGCACUCGUCACUCAAUUUUGGAGCUGUACAGGGCCAAUGGCAAACUAACCAAACACAGUCUUUGCCAAUGCUGCUUGCCCACAUCAAGCGCCCACAGGCUCAGAAUGCCUCUUCAGGAAAAAGCCAGGCUGCACCCGACAUGUGCUAUGGAUACUAUGAUGUGAUGGGGCAGUAUGAUGCCAGUUUUAACUGUACCACAGGUACAUAUCGAUACUGUUGUGGCACAUGCCACUAUCGCUUCUGUUGUGAGCAUCAUCACAAGCGCUUGGACCAGGACAGCUGCACAAACUAUAACAGCCCAUUUUGGGCACGUGUCACCCAGCCUACCACUACCAGUGCUAACAGCAAGUUGAACAAUAACGGACAUGCAGAUCAAACCAAUAGCACCGUCUAUGUCAUCUGUGGUGUCAUUAGUUUCACCCUAGCCGUGGGCAUCGGAGUUAAAAUUGCCUUCAACAAGGCCUCACGGCGCCCACGGGGGAGAGAGAUUAAUGUGCCCAGAGCCCUUGUGGAUAUUCUAAGACACCAGUCAGUUCAAGGGAGCCACGGGGAAAGAAAUAAUAGCACAACUCUAAAUUCAGGAACACAUGAUAAUGGGCCAUCACGUCCACCAAAAAACACUUACAACCCAGUGAAAUCUUCAAAAAGCAACCAUGAUAAUAUACAUCAUAACUUCAUACUCACAGUCAAUAGUCCGAAACAUUCAGCAACAUUAGACUACCGAAUGAACAAUAUUCAGUUUCCAGCUGCAUCCACAAAAUACAACACUAUGUCCUUUUCUCGCUCAUUCCAUAAUCUUUCCCACCUGCCACCCUCUUAUGAAUCUGCAAUCAAAUCUGACAUUAGCAGAUAUUCUUCUCUCAAAAGACUUGCAGAGAAAGAUAUGGAUGAUUUUUACCUAAAGAGGAAACAUUUAGCAGAGUUAACACGUGGUACCCUCCCUCUUCAAAUUAUGAAGAUGAACUAUGAUCAAGAUGGUUACCUUGAAAAAUCACAGACACCAAGACGGGUCAUGUCACAGGAACACAUUCUCUCAGACAAUCAUUACACAGUACAUCAUGACUAUACCAUACCUAGAGAUCGUCUAAUCUCCCAAGAGCGUCUUCUAUCCAGAGAUGUUCUACAUUCAAAGGAGCACCUGCUGUCUCCUGAAAGAAUACACCCUCGUGGGCCAAAACCAUUCCAAGAAAUGCGCCUUGGCCACCAGAAAGCCUUGUCCCACACCAAUGUCUGUGCUAGUACCCCAGUGCUUGACCGUCACCACAUGAUCAAAAUGAAUUCUCACCCUACAUCAUCCAACUCACCUAGCACCACUUGGGAUAUAAGCAACCAUACAGCCAAUCGUCGACAAGCCUUUGCUACUAAGCGUCAAAACACCAUUGAGCAGCUUCAGUUCAUCCCUGGUCAUCUCCCAAGCCAGCACCUGCGCACAGGCAGCAAAAAUGAGGUUACAGUUUAAAGGGCAUUAAUUUAAUGCUUCAAUUUCCAUACUUUUGAAAAAGAGGCAGUUGAUUUUUACUCUGUGUUUUUCUUA